UGAUGGAAUACCCUUGUUAACAAAGUUCGGUUUGCUUAUACCGAUAGUAUUGCAUCCCUGGUUCCCGCAAAGCGCCGUUAUAUGAAGUCAAUGCAGAAUGGGAGAAAUAAAUGCCCUCAGCUGUGUAGGACAGGAUGACGUAGUUUCCCUGCGAAUCGUCUGCACAAUGGCUCGCGAUGGCAAACCGAACAGCCUGGAGGAACUGGACAGCUAUGGGAACACCGCUUUGUUGAAGGCCUGCUAUUUGGGGCGAUUUGAGUGCGCCCACACACUUCUGGAGUUUGGUGGAAAUAUUUACGCCAUGAACUACUUUGGACAAAACGCUCUUACACUAGCGAGUUAUUCUGGUCACUUGCACCUGGUUAAGGAGCUACUACGCCGGAGAUCCUAUGAGGAUUUCAAUCUGUCCUCUAUGAUUCCGGCUCUCUGCGUGGCUAUAAUGCAAAAACAUACUGCCCUGGAGGCAUAUUUAAUUCAGUUGGAUCCGAAUGGUGCCCAAGAAACUCAAACUGUGCAUGGUCUCGGAGUGGAAGAACUGCGUGGAAUGAUGAAACAGGCAGAUCGCUUAAACAAGAAAAAUGUGUCCUCACCUCCUACUUUUAUAAGUCAUCGUCUUCGCUGAUAAAUUGUGUAUUAAAUUCUUAAACAUUUUGUAAUUUAGCUAUUUAAAAUAUAUAUGUUUGUCAAUAGUGUG